UGAAAUCGGGGAUUUCUACUUCCGGUUAGAAGGGAUUGCCUCAGAUUGCAGACAGAAACUUAUAAUUUAAGAUGCCCAGUGAAAGUGACAAGAAAGACGACUUGAAAGAAGAGAUAGAGAGUUUCAUUAGUGAAUUGAAACAGGGAACCAGCCAAAGUUCUUAUUAUGUUGCCUUGAAGACUGUUUGCUUGCUGAGGAAAAUCAUAGCACAACGGAAAUGGCAAACUGCAAAGGAUGUGAUGGAGGUUCUGAAAGAGGAUGGCAGGAAGAUGAUGAUGUCACAACCGUCAGAAACAGCUGUGGGUAACAUGGUGCGACGAGUCCUUAAGCUUGUACGGGAGGAAUAUGCCAGUGCAUGUGCAGGGAAGUCUGAGGAGGGAGAUCCACAGGAGUCCCUUCAUAAACUGUUAUUAGCUGAGGGCGAGGUUGAUGACUACAGCAGGGUAGUGCCAACUCUAAAGGUAUCUGUGAUUGAGGCACUCAAUGAGCUGAAAGUGGAGUUAGAAAACAGUGCUGACAACAUAGCUGGACAGGCGUUAGAACAUAUACACUCCAAUGAGGUCAUCAUGACUGCGGGCAAAUCCAAAACUGUGGAGGCUUUCCUUAAGAAAGCAGCAAAGAAGAGAAAAUUCCAGGUGAUAGUAGCAGAGUGUGCACCGUUUUAUCAGGGUCAGGAGCUAGCAGUCAGUCUGGCAAAGGCAGGAAUCGAGACAACAGUCAUCAAUGAUUCAGCGGUGUUUGCCAUUAUGUCCCGAGUAAACAAAGUCAUUAUAGGCACUCACACUGUCAUGGCCAAUGGAGGGUUGAAGGCCAUCAAUGGUAGCCAUGCACUGGCCCUAGCAGCCAAACAUUAUUCUGUACCGUUAAUAGUGUGUGCAGCCAUGUUUAAGUUAUCACCGCAGUACCUCUGUUCCUAUGACCAGGAUGCCUUCAACAAAUUUGUGAGCCCUCAUGAUGCCAUGAACUUCUCGGAGGGUGAGAUACUAUCAAAGGUCCAGAUAGCCAACCCGGUGUUUGACUAUGUACCUCCGGAGCUUGUCACCCUCUUUGUCUCCAAUAUAGGAGGAAAUGCACCAUCGUAUGUGUACAGACUUUUAAGUGAACUUUACCACCCACAUGAUCAUGAACUUUAACAUUUCUUAGCUGAAAAUAAAAUAAGAUAUUCAGUGUAUGAAAAACAAGGUGAUAUUUUGCAAUUGGUCGAUGCAAUUUCAGCUGGAAAUUGUGUGACUCGUCAAAACUUUGAUCUUACCUAGUAGAUCUGUAUUCUGUAAGCUGGAAUUGUAUCGUCUUUAAAGCAUAAAAUGCUUUGUAUUCAGUUUGAUCUACACAGAGUUGCUCCCCCUUGAAGAUCAUCAUUAAACAGCAAUGAGGGGCCAUUUUGUUUAUGCAGAGCAAAGAGUUUGUCUUAUUUCAAAUGAAACAUUUUCAGAGGUAUAACUUGCAAAUGAAAAUGUGAAGAUUGACGUUGACCUUUACCAGGGAUUACCAAAAAUCAACGGACCACCAGGUCUAUUGCAAUUUCUUAAAUAACCACUCUGGUCUAACUGCUCAAUGUGAUGAAGUUAAUUGGUGCAAUGCUGUGUAAAAUAAGUAAAACAGUUUGUUGCCCUUCAAACUGGUACUGAAGUUGAAGAAUCAAUAGUGUUAUAGAUUGAAAUGAGAAAUCUUAAAAUACAGAUUUUCCUUUCUCAUUCCUCGAUAGAUGCAAGAUACAUUUUUCACUUGUAGAACACCAACACAAUAUAACUCAAUCCAUGUACAUGAAGGUGCACCUGGUAACCUACUGUUUGGGGACUACAUAGGUUGUAGUUCAAAAUAUUCAGUAUCUUGUUAGUUUUUCUGAAACGUUACAUUUUUGUGUGAUAUGUGACGUUGUCAUUUUGAUGUAGAUGUUUUUUGUUAAUUUGUAUAAAAAUAAGGGGAAGGGAAUAUACAAAAUUCACCCUUAAGUGAAGAAUUUCCAUUUCAUGAAUUCCUUCAUAUAGAAGACUUGAUAAGCAACCAAAAUUGUGAUUCAGUGUUUUUUCGCGAUGUUUCGAAACAUUUUCUUCAUUACUCAAAUUCUACAGGUGUGAGGUUGCUUAUCAGUACCAGGCUGAUGUCUAUGUUAUUUGUUCUUGUGCAUAAAACCAACAAACUAAAUGGAAUUUUUACAGCAAAAACAAGAUAUAUAGUAUAAAAUUAUGUAAAAUCUGCAGGAAAUUAAAAAAAAACAAAGAAAGUUUCAUAUUUUCAAGAUUUUAUUCUCAAAAUAAUUGCCGUGUAAAAAAUCUGCAAAAAUAAAAAAAAACAUGGAUAUCAAAAUCUCAAA